AUGCCUUUAAAUAUAAAUACAAAAGAAGAAUUACAACAACAAAGUAAACCACCAAAAACAAAUCAAAAUGAAAGUGGUGGUUCUGGUCUUGGUUUAAGAGAAUUACAUAAAAAUCCAAAUGUUGGAAAUGAACAAUAUUUUACAAGUUUCCAAAAGUAUGUACACCCAAGUAAUGGUCAUGAAGAAAUUCAAAGAGAAGAUUUUCAUACUUAUCAUCCAGACCAAGAUUACAAAGAUAAAGAACCACAAGGAGUGAAACCAAAAGAAGUGAAGUCAACACCCACUACAAACAAUACAAAUGAUAACAAUUUUAUUCAUCCAUAA